AUGACCGAUGCCAAGGGCAUUUCAUCAAAGCAAAGUCAAUUUGGUGUUACUUUUCUAUGCGGUGUAAGAUCCACCGUGCUGACGAAUGACUGCGUGGUGACGGGUAACAACCCCUUCAACAGGGCGAUCAAAAGGAUUGGACUUCUUAUUCUGGAAAAACCUCUGGACCGGGAAACCACGGACCGCUACCGUCUGGUCGUCACAGCCUCGGAUGGCAACCCCGGAGGGACGUCCACCACGACUGUCGGCGUGGUCGUGACCGACGUCAACGACAACGACCCAGAAUUUGAAGACACGGCACCCUUGAACUUCACGGUCCAAGAAGAGAAGGCCAAUCUGUUUGUGGGACAAGUCAAGGCCACGGAUCCAGAUGCGGGGGCUAAUGGCCAAGUUCACUACCGCAUCGUGAAUCAUCCUGACUUGUUCGUAAUCAGCGCCAACGGCAGCAUCUACACCCGGGUCCCGCUGGACCGGGAGCUAAGGAGCCGCUACCAGCUGGUGGUGGAAGCCUCGGACGGGGCGGUGGACCCCCGGCGCGCCACCUUGACCCUCGAGGUGGAGGUGACGGAUAUCGACGACAACAGCCCCGUCUUCUCUCAGCGGACGUACGCGGUGAGCGUGCCCGAGAACAGCCCCGUGGGAACCGUCAUCCUGACGCUCAGCGGGGCGCUAGAGCGCAAUUAUGAGUUUUGGGGUUGA